UGCUUCCUAUCCCAGGUCCAGGGCGCCCGGUCUAAACGCUGGAACACAGACGGUCAGGGCGGACACCUUGUGGACGACUCCUCCCCCGCCCCUUCCCCUCCGCCCAGCGAGCUGGUAGCAGCUCCGCCCCAGUCCAACCUGUUAGGCCGCGCCCCCGUCUCCACCCGAACCCGGCGCUACCACCGUCAGUCUCAGAUCCGGACGCAGAACCACGAGCCCAGGCUCCUGGCCUGCCAGGCUUCCCAGACCUCCCUGCCUCUGGCCUGGGAGGAGGGCGAGGCGGGGGACGACUGGGCUCCACAGCGCCACCCGGAGGCCUGGAGGACACAAUGGACCAGCCACCGCGCCAGCUCCCUCUUCUCCCUGCCCACCACUCCGGGCCACGCCCGCUCCGCCUGCCCCUCCCCCGGGGCCCCGCCCAGCCCCCCAGCCCAUCGCCACACCCUCCCCCACUCCCGCAGCGCCUCCCUGGUCCCACCCUUCCGCCUGAACGUGGACGCUCUGAUUGGCGCGGAGGAGACGGACGUGGACACUGGGAUGACGGUGGACACUGGCAGCAUUGUGGACCUAUCGGUGGUGUCCGCUUAUAACAAGCCCCGCCUCUCGCAAACGCCCCGCCCCGUAUCUGCCCCACCCGAAGACGUUGGACCAGUUCCCCCCGGGCCCGUCGUAACCAAGACAGCGACGUUAGGCCGGCCUCCGAUCCCCAUGAGAACCAGCAGCCUCUCCUCCAAGAGCAUGCCUGCUACCCUGCAGCGGUCCCGCCCCCAAAGUACAUGCCUGCCAAUGAACGGGCAUCUCACAUGGAGUGACAACUCCCUCAGCCAAUUGGACAGCAACAAGACCAGCAAUGGGGAGGUGAAGCAGAACAGCGAGGAUGAUCAGGAGUUUUACAUUUAAAAGGCAGUGGAGUGGGUUAGAGAUUAGAGACCAGUGAAGACUGUUUCUGUAGAAGUCUCAAUUAAAGACAGAAUUCCAGAGGCAGUUCAAACACUUAUUUAUGUGAUCGUAUGAUCGUUUUUUGUGUUUAUCUAUGUUUCUGUGGUGUGUGGAUACGAUGAAUUAAUAUUAAGUAAAUAUAUGGUUUUAGUUUUCGUCGACAGGUAUAUGUAUUGUGAUAAAAUACUUUUGGUUGUCUGUAUAGCACAAAUUAAAGUAUACUUUUCAGACAUAAAUACUGAAUCUCUCUCUGAAUCUGCACCGAUGCCAUCACGUUCAGGCAGCAAAACUAAACUAAAAGGCCGGUAGGUAUUAAAAUACCUGCA